AUGCUCCUAAAAAAUUUGAAAUUUAUACGUAUAGGACUGCGCUGGAACAGCAGUGGAGUGCAAUCGGCCCGUGCCAAGUCCAGGGCGUCGCCCUUGACGGGACACUACGUCGGGUUUGGUCUUUUGGCGGUGACCAUGACUGGCCUUGUUUACAACGAUGACAUGCGACAACGCACUGUUGAGACAUUUCUAAUCGCCGAGCGCGUGGGCGUUGUUGCGAUAGCCACCGCAAGAUGCUUUGCCAUGUAUCUGAAGACCCUCAAUCGCGAAUACGCCACCAAGGAGGACUACUAUGAAGCACUCUCCAAAACCCAUAAACAGGCUGCCGAAACAACUCUGCAGGCUUUACGCAAAAAUGGAGGAAUUUACAUCAAGCUUGGACAGCAUGUUUCCGCUAUGUCCUACUUGCUCCCGCCAGAGUGGACCAACACGAUGGUUCCCCUGCAAUCUGAGUGUCCCGAGUCGUCUCUUGAAGAAAUAAAGGAGAUGUUUGAACAUGACAUGGAUGUCUCGUUGGACGAAUAUUUCUUGGAUUUUGAGCCUAAACCCAUAGGUGUCGCCUCGCUGGCGCAAGUACACAUUGCAACAUUGCGCGAAAACGGCCAGAAAGUGGCAGUCAAGCUCCAGCAUCCAUCGUUGGAGAGAUUUGUUCCUCUGGACGUAGAGCUCACGGCGAUGGUUUUCAAUGCAAUGAAGAAAGUGUUUCCAGAAUAUCCUCUCACCUGGCUUUCUGACGAGCUGCGCCAGUCCAUUUUUGUCGAGUUGGAUUUCCGCAACGAGGCAGAGAAUGCCAAGAUCACCGCCGACUACUUCAAAGACUACAAGUCAUUAACUGCUUUGCGCAUCCCUAACGUUCACGCUGCAAAGCGCCGAAUACUUAUUAUGGAAUACGUCUCAGGCACUAGGCUCGAUGACUUGGAUUAUCUUGACAAGCACGACAUAUCGCGGUCCGACGUGUCCAGCUGUUUAUCGCACAUCUUCAAUAAUAUGAUAUUCCAGGCUGGCUUUGUGCAUUGCGAUCCGCACCACGGAAACCUCGCCAUUCGUGCUCUUCCAAAGAAGAAGAAUGGCCACAAUUUUGAAAUCAUCCUUUAUGAUCAUGGCUUGUACCGUAGAAUACCGUCUCAAAUGAAAGUUGACUAUGCGCGGUUCUGGCUUGCCAUGAUUGAGAAAAAACCAGACGAAAUGCAAAAAUAUGGAAAGAGAUUCUCAAAAAUCGAGGACGAAUCGCUGUUUCCCGUGCUGGCCGCGGCUUUGACAGGUCGCGACUUUGAACAUGCUCUGAGCGGCAACAUUGCAACACCUAGAAGCCAAAAAGAGAUUGAGGUGAUGAAAAGAGCCCUAACCGACGAGGGUGUUUUGCUCGACCUAAUGGCCCUUCUGGCAUCAGUUCCGCGAAUAGUGCUUCUCAUUCUCAAAACCAACGACUUGACUAGACAUCUGGACGAAGCAUUGCAGAACCCACUGGGCUUGGAACGGACUUUCUUCAUAAUGGCUACCUAUUGUGCGAGAGCAGUUUACGCUGAUGAUACCGCAAGGCUCCACGAAAAAUGGUCCAUUUUCUCCGUUCAUCGACUUGUCGGCUCUAUCACUGCAUUGUGGAAUCUGUACAGCCGGAUCUUCCUCCUGACAUUUUACGACGUUGUAUUCUAUCUUCGUGAGCUACUCUAA